AUGGAGCAGGAGGUGGCAAGAGGAGAAGAGAAGCAAGAAGGCUUGAUUGAGUUUUAUGAUUCCUUCAAGGACAUGUUUGAGUUCUUCUGCAAGAACACGACCAUCCACGGCACCAUCCGCCUCGUCUGCUCCGACAGCAACAGGAUGAAAACAGCUUUCUGGACCCUGCUUUUACUUGCCAGCUUUGGCAUGUUGUACUGGCAAUUUGCACUUAUGUUCAGCCAGUACUGGGCCUACCCUGUGGUCCUCACCAUGUCCAUGCAUUCCGAGCCCAAGAUGUUUCCAGCAAUUACCAUCUGCAAUCUGGACCCAUACAGGUUCGAACUGGUGAGUGAACACUUGGUUCAACUGGAUCAGAUGGCAGAGGAGUCAAUUGCCUUUCUGUAUGGCAUCAACACAUCAGCCAGCUUGUUCCACAUGAAUGAGAAAAACAUCCAGAUAGGAGACUUGACAAGGAUAGGCAACCUCAGCAGAUCCAGCUUCAAGCUGAGCCAAAACUUCUCCCUCUUGAGAAUGCCUGAGCACAACCAUAGGUCAGGGAAGAAGCACUCCAAAGUGGGCUUCAGGCUGUGCAAUGCCACAGGUGGGAAUUGCUUCUACAAGACCUACUCCUCUGGGAUGGAUGCAAUUCUGGAAUGGUACAGGUUUCACUACAUGAACAUCAUGUCCCAGCUCCCAGUCAUCAUCAACAUUUCUGACCAUGAGGAGCAAAUAGAAGACAUGGUCUACUCCUGCCAGUAUGAUGGGGAGCCCUGCAGACCCAGUGACUAUGUUCACUUCCACCACCCAGUCUUUGGAAGCUGCUAUACUUUUAACAGCAAGGGAACAGACUCCUUUUGGACAGCUACAAAGCCAGGAAUUCCUUAUGGCCUUUCCCUUAUCCUGAGAGCAGAGCAGAAGGAUCACAUCCCACUCUUGUCUACAGUAGCAGGUGUGAAAGUGAUGAUACACAACCACAACCAGACACCAUUCCUUGAGCAUGAAGGCUUUGACAUCAGACCAGGCAUUGCAACCACCAUAGGCAUUCAGCAGGAUGAGGUGAAUCGUCUGGGUGGCAAUUAUGGGAAAUGCACAACUAAUGGCAAUGAUGUGAAUGUUAAACUGCUGUACAACAACUCCUACACCCUGCAGGCUUGUCUGCAUUCCUGCUUUCAGCACAUCAUGGUCCAGAAGUGUGGCUGUGGCUAUUACUACUACCCCCUGCCUCCUGGUGCUCAGUACUGUGACUACAACAAGCAGCCUGCGUGGGGUCACUGCUUUUACCAGCUGUACAACAGGCUCAGAAACCAUCACCUGAACUGUUUUGAGCAGUGCCCCAAGCCCUGUCGGGAGUCUCUGUACAAGGUGUCUGCUGGGACAGCAAAGUGGCCAUCAGGAAAGUCUCAGGACUGGAUCCGCCAGGCUCUGAGGCACCAGAAUGGGUACAACUCCACCAGCAACAGGAAGGAUAUUGCCAAGGUCACCAUCUUCUACCAGCAGCUGAACUACCAGGCUGUGAACGAGUCUCCUUUGCUCUCAGAGAACCUGCUUCUGUCCAGCAUGGGAAGCCAGUGGAGCCUCUGGUUUGGAUCCUCAGUGCUGUCUGUCGUUGAGAUGUUUGAGCUGCUUGUAGAUACAUUAGUUUUGUCUCUCCUCUUCUGCUACCAAAGCUUCAGGGCAAAGAAGACCCUGAGAGUGGCUCAGAGUCCCACCAUCCCCAGCGUGAGCCUGACCCUCCAAAACUACCGAGUUGUGCAAGAAGAGGCUGGGAAAGGGGAUGAUUCUGCUCCUUCCCAGCCUCCUGCAGUGAGCAUUGCCCCAGCCACCAGCCAGCUGCAUCUGCAGCCACUCCCCAGCAAGGUGGAGGUGCCAGAGCUCAGCUCAGCCGUGGUGCUCAAUGGCUUUAGGUACAUGAGGGACAGCUCAGGGGAAGGGGAGCUGAGCAGCUCUGUGUGUGCAGGCAAGUGGGAGACCUGA